AUGGGUAAGGAUUCGGGCCGUGAAAAGGACACCAUGGUCGGUGGGGGAAGCAAGAAAGCGCCCCGUCCCGUCAGUGCCUCGCCGUACUCGGAGCACUAUCGACCGCCGAUCGAUCUGUGCCAGCGGCAUCUGAUCAACCAUCGGCUGCUGGUGUCGAAGCUGACGCGCCGCGAGCUCGAGGACAAGUACAUCAGCCUGUGCGACGAGAACUACAGCAUGAAGAAGCGCUUUCUGGAGCAGGAGGAUCAGAUCAAGCGCCUGAAGACACGGUUAAUGCGACUGUCGAGCGAAUCCACCGUCCGGUCCAAGUCGCGGCUCGAUUUAUCGUCGAGUGAACAUUACAACAAACUUCACGACCUGGAAGUUCAACGUAGGGAUUUACACGAAAAGCUGGAAGCGCUUCGGCGUGCCACAACGUUCGAGGGCGGACGGGUGGGCAGUGCCAGUCGAUCGACCGGCAAUGGAACCGCUCGGCAUGGACCCGGAACGUCGACGAGCAGCUAUCGCCGGGCAAAAAGUGCCCACCGAGAGAAGGAACGUGACCCAAGGCUGGAGUGUAAGUCUUCCUCGCCUUCGAACGAUGGCUACGAUGAGGACGAGGGCAGCGGGCGGGUACGACGAUUACGGCGUCGUGUUGGAAAGAACCACGAGAGUACCGAUCGCACCGAGGACGAAGAGGAAGAUACGCACGAGGGCGGCAAUCGCGCUGGCCACCGAAAAUCGUACGGGGCAGACGAUGAAGGGGACGACGAUGAUGACGAGGGGGAGGAGGAAGAACAACUGGGAGCGGUCGGUGACGAAGACGAUGAGGUGGACGAGGAUCGAGACGUGGUAUCGUGCGGCGGUGCGGAUGGAAGCGAUGAUAAUCGCGAGCAGGAUUCGGCGGCUGGCGGUGGAGCAAGCCGCACGAAACACUCCAAGGAACCGAGGAAAGCUUCAAGGACGUCCCGGACGGUGCGGGAACACUGUCCCGACUGCGAGCGGCACCGCACGGAGCAUCUGACACGCGAAACCGACCUCGUGAAAAUGAAACUCAACAUCAAAUACCUUCACAAGGAGUUGCAAAACGAGAAAGAAAAGAGUGCCCUGCUUGCACGCCAGCUCGAGGAGAAACUUUCGUACGAAAUCAUGAAGCGCAACGCGGCCGAAAACCUGGAAAUAGUCAACCUCAACCGACAGGUGGACGACCUGGCCAAGGAGCUGCAGCGACAGGUCGACGAGCAGAAGCGCUCGAUGGAGCAUGAGAUCCGCAAACAAGGUGACCUCGAGGCACAGAUAAGAAAAGAGAAAGACAAGAAUGUUGAACUGUUUGAGGAAUGUGAACGCUUAAAGAAGAGUAUAGAGAAGCUGAAGGAGAAUAUGUCUGAAGUAGAGAUUGAACGAGACUUUCUGAAGCGGCAGCAGGAAAACUUUACCAAAAUCGUUGACGAAAACAAGCUGCUCAAGUACCAACUGGACGAGCUGCGACGGCAUAACGAGGAGCUACUGAAGCAGAUCGAUUCCUUGCGCGAGGAAGAGCUGGUCACUAAGGAAUCGCAGCGGGAGCUGUUGGAAAAAUUGAAAACUCUCCAGCAGGACAACGACACGCUGUCGGUGAUGCUGGAAGGGUUGCGCACGGAAAACGAAAUGCUCGCCGAGGAGCGGUCUCAGCUGGAGCUGAGCCUGAAGAGUCUGGAAGCGUCUCCUAUCAAAGAAAUUCGGCCAUUGUCUCCGCAGAAACCCUCGACUGUGGCGGACGCUUCGGUACAAACCGUUGCCGACAGCUUCGUCACUAGCCCAAUUGACGACGGCAACAUCUUAAGAAAACAGCUCAUGAUGGUACAAGAACCACCGCCACAACGAGAGUCUACAGAGGGGGAAGUCGCGUAUGAAGAGGUUGACCCACCGCCAAGACGGUCACGAGGGUUGUCCGCGAGGGUUAGUCGUGAACGGCACGAGCAUGAAAUGGCCGAAGCGGCUCAUCUUGUGUUCCAGCAGGCUGGCAAUGUAAGCCGGAUGAUUCCGAAAUUGUCACACAUCAUGAACAAUCGCACUGACGAGCCAGCUAAACCAAGCAAACUGGAGCUGCUCACGGCGAACAGUUACCCUGCCGCGCUCGACAAAACGUUUCGCGCGGAUAACCGAUUUCGUGACAUGCAGCAAGAAGUUCGAAGUAGAAAUGCCGAUCGCAGCUCGGUCAGCUCGACGACCUCAGAUAAACGAAAAAUAUCAUUCGUGGAGUCAUCCGCCACGGACGAAUCGCCAACGAAAGAUGAGGCAAAUUUCGUGCAGGAAAACUACGCUCGCUUCUUCAACAUCCACAAUCUUCCAACUAUAUGGCACAACAUCGUAGCGAACCCGACGCCGAUCGAUCUAUUUACACCAUCGUCGACGCGUGUACCAAAUUCGCCCCCGGAUGACAUGAUUACGAUAGAGAUUCGUUCGUUGCGAUGGCAUGCGACGGUCCUGGAGCGACUUCUGGCAGCAAAGGUCACGCAGUACUAUGUUGAGUUUGCCUUUCUCGAUCUGCACGGCCAUCGACUUGAAACGGUUCCGUCGGCGAAACUGCAAACGAUGCUGGAAGGGAUGCUUCAACAGCAGCUGUAUCACGAGUUUAAUUUUUCCGUAACGAUCGAAUUGGAUGGACAGGUGCACGGCAAACGACGAGAGCAACUGAAAACGUUGCUGAACUCUGGACAAGGUCACGAUGCCGUGAGAUUCGUAGUUGUCAACGAGGGCAACAAUAGGUCCGGCGAGGAUAUUGGGUAUGCGUCGGUAAGUUUGAGGCAUGAACUGCUGAACGCCACGGAGCAGCAGGAAUCGGUGGUUGUCGACGCAAUCAUCUACGACUUUUGCGCGCCACAUGAUGAAUUAGGCGUGCUGAGGAUUGUGCUCGGAAACGUCAAGCUGUUGCGAUCGCUGAUGAUGGAAACAGUAAAUUUAUCGUAA